AUAUCUCCAUCGGCUGUUUGUUAUUUAAUAUUUAUUUUGUCUGGCCGUUAAGUCUGUACAGUGUUUGUUUGUGAUUUCGUAUACGGGGUAAGUAUUAUAUCCUAUGAUCUUUACUUUGUGAGAUAUUUUAUUUUUUCGGUCUGGCGCGUAUGGCGCCUCUGGGUUACUCUUACAGGGAAAGAGGAGAGAAAGGGAAGAAGGACCGAAGCUUAGUCCACAUUGACGUCACAGUUGGACUUCUUCUGUAAUAGCUAGCACAGCACGUGGUUCUAUAUGUAAUAGCUUUGUGUUAAAAUUUUCAGUAUCAUUUAGUAUUCGCUUAAAGUAAGCACGAAAUAUAAUAUAUUCCAAAAUCAUUAUAACUUUAUUUUUUUAAUUAUUUUUUUGAAUCAACUUUUUUCUUGAUUUCAUAUAGUUUCAGUUUUUUAAGUGUACAUUAGUCGUUAAUAUUUUUAUAAAAACAAAACUUUGGUGAAUUAAUUGUAUUAUUAAGAAGAUCGAUAAUAAUUUUAAUCUCUUUCCGAAUUUACUAUUAUUUUCUAUAAAUUUAACAAAAACUAUCAAGAAAUGCAUCCUCAAAAGCGUCGAGGUCCAUAUCAAUUAUACUUAAAUCGUGGUGGUGACGGUGUAAUGCCUCGUUCAACUUUUUAUGAAAAAUUAAAACAGCUUCGUGGAACUUUGUCAGAUGUAGAUACUGAAGCUCCUGUGGAAACUGUCAAUAAUUUGCUUUCUCCUGCUGUAAAUGUUGCCGAAAACGUACAAUCAUCUAUCGAAAAUGUAUUUGAAAAUAUUCAGCCUACUUAUCAGCAAAGUAGAAAUUAUUUUAACCCAGACCAGAAUUUAUUUGAUGAGGAGAACAAUGAAGAAAAUCAACGUCAUGAAAAUUCAUGGUUUUAUGAUGACUAUGAUGAACAAACAGAAUAUGAUGAAAUAUGGUUUGAUACUGAAGAAUCGCCACAAAGUGAAAAUCAUUUUGAAGAUAUUAAUAAUGAACGUGAUGAAUAUCAAAGUCAUGAAAGCAGUACUGGUGAAAGUUACCAUCAACCUCUUUGUAAUUGUACGUCUGUAACGCGAGGAGAAGCUUUUUUGAUGACUCUUUUGUUAGGAGUUGAACAUUCACUUACGUGGAAAACUAUGACAGCAAUAUUAUCAAUGAUUAAUACGUUGUUCGGUAAGAACGUCGUUCCGGCAACAAAAUAUAAAAUUUUCAAAACGUUACAGCAAAAUGAAGAAAUUAUAACGUACCAUUUAUUUUGUGACGAUUGUUUAUUUUACGUUGGUGCCCGAAAUAACUCAAAUAUUAAAGGGAUAAUAUGUGAAAAUUGCGGUGAUAUGGAUCAACCCCCCAAUAUUUCCUUUUUUAUAACGCUUAACAUGGCAGCACAAUUGAAGACAAUAUUUCAAGAUUUAGAAGUGCAACAAAUAUUAAUAAAACGUUUUGAAAAUGCUGGAAAAAGUUCGAAUAAAAAUACCAUCGAGAAUAUUACCGAUGGAAAAAUCUAUAAAAAAUUAUCUACAGAAAAUAAUCCUUUAUCCGACAGUUUCAAUUUUUCUUAUACAUUUAACACUGAUGGUUGUCAAGCAUCUAAAUCAAGCAAAGUCUCUACUUGGCCAAUAUACGCAAUCAUCAAUGAAUUACCUCCUAAACUUCAAUCUAAACACAUGAUUAUAUCUAGCAUAUGGGUUAGUAAGAAGGAACCAAACAUGCAACUUUUUCUUAAACCAUUUGUUAUGCAAGCGAAUGAAUUAGCUGAUAAAGGUAUUGAAUGGAAAUUAGGAGACAGAAUAAUUACUAGUAAAUUUGUACCAGUGUGUGCUGUUGUUGACUCGGUGGCUAGAUGUAAAAUGUUAAACAUGAAGCAGUAUAAUGGUACAUAUGGUUGUACUUUCUGUGAACAUCCUACAGAAUCUGUUGACGGAUAUAGAAAAUACACCAUAUCUACGAAUAUUCCCAAAGAUCGAACUGAUGAAUCAAUAAAAGAGAAUAUGAAUCUUGCAGGUCAGAGUGAAUUUGGCAGAGAUGUUAUGGGUGUUUGGGGGCCUUCACCAUUAAUGAAUUUAAAAUACUUUGACAUUGCUAAUGGAAUGUCACCGGAUUAUAUGCAUUUCAUUUUAUUGGGCACAGUAAAACAGCAUACAGAAAUUGUAUUAUCCUCAUUCGACAAAGAAUACUACAUUGGUAAUCCAAACCAGCUACAAAUUAUAAAUGAGAGACUUAUGAGUUUCAAACACCCAACAUGUAUAACUCGAUCACCAAGACACAUAACGGAGAAAGAAAUGUGGAAAGCAACUGAGUGGCGGUCAUGGCUACUUUUUUAUUCAUUAAUUUGCUUAAAAGGAAUCCUUCCUGAAAAAUAUUUAAAUCAUCUUGCUUUACUAGUAGAAGCAAUGAAUAUUUUGUUAUCUGAAAAGAUAGAUAAAAAAGAGUUACGAAUAGCUGGUUUUUUGCUAAUCAGAUAUGUAACAUUUUAUCAAGAAUAUUUUGGGAAAGGAGCUAUGACAUACAACAUUCAUUUGCUUUUACAUAUGGAAAAAAGUGUAUCAAAUCUAGGACCAUUAUCAUGUCAUAACACCUUUACUUUUGAAAACGAAAACCACUUUGUAUUAAAAAUGGAAAAGAGUCCGACCCAUCUACCUAUUCAGGUUGCUAGAAGGUAUAUAUUCCAGAAGUCACUGCCAUCAUUUGAAAGCAAAUUAAUUAAAAGCAAUGGUUUUAAAACGUUUUGUGAAAGAAACUUGACUGGGCGGUUGAAAAAUACUUUUAAAGUAAACGAAUGUACUUUGAUAGGCAGAGGCAAAGCAUAUGAAUUAAACAUUAUGGAAAGGGCACUAGUAAAUACUACGGGAAAAUGUCGAUCAUUCAACAAAUUUAUUUAUAACAAUAAUCGUUAUACUUCGAGUAACUACCGCUUAUGUCAAAAAAUAAACGAUUCUUUGAUAAUACUUAAAAAUGGAAAGAUGGGUGUAAUAAAAGAAAUUUGCUAUUUUGACACAAAUGAAAGUGACAAACAAAUUUAUAUAUUUUAUGAAGAACUAAUAGGACGGAAGAAAUAUUUUCACUCAACAAAGCAGAUUACAGUUCAUAAUAUUGAAGAAUGUACACCUACCGUUAAUCUACAAGUGUGCAAGCCAGAGAUGAUAAUGGAGCCAUGCAUGUUAACAGAAGUAAACAAUCAAUAUUACAUUAUUAAAAUUCCGCGAGGAUGUUAUAAUGAUUAAGAAAAAUAUAAAUAUGUCGGUAAUUCAUGAACUAUAAAAAAAAAAUAAAUGGUAUCUUAAAAUUGAAAGUACAUCAGAAAAUGAAGAUUUUGGUACCAAUCCGAGUUCCGAAUGAUAUUAAGCUUACAAACUAAUCAACGGAUUUUUAAGCACAAUAAUUAUUUUUGUAGGAAAUUUAACCCGCUAUAAAUGAAGUCUCUUAUCAUUUUUUGAUAAUUCCGUCUGUUCAAAAGUGAUUGGAGAUCGCAGUCGAGUGACAGUAAAUUUCGAGAAAAGAAAAUAACGUUGUUUUUUGACACACCACUCUGAUAUAUACAUAUAUAUAUUGCGAAAUUUAGUUUUCUGUAAGAAAAUCUUCUUUUGUUAAACUUACAUAAAGAUAAUUAUUUGAA